CACAUCCAGUCAGUCUUUGCAGUAACUACGUAGAGAACGUUACGGACAUAUCGAAUCGAGACCGAUAGAUCUAGAACCUACACAUACAAUAAACAAAAUGGAACACACCUGGAUUGCCUGCAAUGUUUACGAAGCUCUGCCGCCAUUCGCCAUCGCCGCUGGCCACGACUCCGACCAGGAUCCCAUCUAUGUGGGCCGCGCCUAUCACAACGGCGACAUGCUGCCCGCCAAGGUGAUUCCCAACAAGCACCAGGCCUACGUGGCCUGGGGCGGCGAGGAGAUCUGCAAGCACGACUACGAGAUUCUAACGGGCCAUCAUUACUGCUGGAUCCCAGCCAGCAACGGUGAGGUGCCGCCUCAUGCCCUCCGCGUCGGCCAGACCUCGGACGGCGAGCCACUGUACGUGGGUCGCGGCUACUUCCAGGGCAGCCUGACGCCCGGCAAGGUGCAUCCCUCCCACGGCUGCCUGUACAUUCCAUAUGGCGGCGCCGAGCACAGGCUGGAGUCUUACGAGGUGCUCGUCCAGCCCGAGACCUGGGUCAGUUCGUCCGGCAGCAAUAUUGUGCCCGGCACCAUUGUGGCCGGCCACGACGUCGACGGCGAUGCCAUCUAUGUGGGCCGCGCCUACCACGAGGGCGAUCUGCUGCCCGCCAAGGUGAUACCAAACAAGGGCUGCGCGUAUGUGCCAUACGGCGGACAAGAGCACGUGAAAUAUGAAUUUGAGCUGCUCGCCGGCUAUGGCUAUGGCUGGGUGCCCGACUCCUUUGGCAAUGUGCCCAGCGGCGCCGUUGUCUGUGGACGCACCAGCGAUGGCGAGCCCUUGUACAUCGGCCGUGGCCACUACAAUGGCAGUUUCACACCUGGCAAAAUCCAUCAGUCGCAUCGCUGCCUCUACAUCCCGUUCGGUGGACAGGAGGUGCGCCUCGAUAACUACGAAGUGCUCGUUCGCUCCUAGACUGAUUCCAAAUUCCAAGAAAUGAAUAAACUGCAAAAUCCAUUAGGUUUUUAUAAAAAUAUAUUUUUGAUAA